AUGGCAGGAGCCUUCCUUUGCGCUGAUGUCCAGUCCAGGCACGGCGUCCAGUCCCGCUCCCUGGCAGGAGCCUUCUUCUGCGCUGGUGCCGAUGUCCAGUCCAGGCAUGGUGGCCAACUCAGCUCCAUGGCCGGAGCCUUCCUCGGCGCCGGUGCCCAGUUAGGGUGCGGCAUCGAACCCAGCUCCAUGGCCGGAGCCUUCCUCGGCGCCGGUGCCCAGUUAGGGUGCGGCAUCGAACCCAGCUCCAUGGCCGGGGUCUUCCUCUGCGCCGAUGCCCAGUCCGGGCACGGCGAUCUAUCCGGCUCAAUGGCCGGACCCGUGGUCUGGAACGUCGCAUCAUGCCCGGUGUUCAACCUUCCCAAGUUCUCCCAUGUCACCCAGAUCUUCCUCACUCUCCACUGGCUCCCAGUGGAAGCUAGCAUCCACUUCAAGACCCUGGUGCUUGCCUAUGAAGCUGCUGCCUUCGAUACUGUGAACCAUCAGAUCCUCCUCUCCACCCUCUCCGAGUUGGGCAUCUCCGGCGCGGCCCACGCUUGGAUUGCGUCCUACCUGACAGGUCGCUCCUACCAGGUGGCGAAUCGCAUCUCUGCAUGUCUGGCAGACAUAUCAGUGUGGAUGACGGAUCACCACCUCAAGCUGAACCUCGGCAAGACGGAGCUGCUCUUCCUCCCGGGGAAGGACUGCCCGUUCCAUGAUCUCGCCAUCACGGUUGACAACUCCAUUGUGUCCUCCUCCCAGAGCGCUAAGAACCUUGGCGUGAUCCUGGACAACACCAUGUCGUUCUCAACCAACAUCAAGGCGGUGGCCCGUUCCUGUAGGUUCAUGCUCUACAACAUCCGCAGAGUACGACCCUGCCUCACACAGGAAGCGGCACAGGUCCUAAUCCAGGCACUUGUCAUCUCCCGUCUGGAUUACUGCAACUUGCUGUUGGCUGGGCUCCCUGCCUGUGCCAUUAAACCCCUUCAACUCAUCCAGAACGCCGCAGCCCGUCUGGUGUUCAACCUUCCCAAGUUCUCUCACGUCACCCCGCUCCUCCGUUCUCUCCACUGGCUUCCAGUUGAAGCUCGCAUCCGCUACAAGACCAUGGUGCUUGCCUACGGAGCUGUGAGGGGAACGGCACCUCAGUACCUCCAGGCUCUGAUCAGGCCCUACACCCAAACAAGGGCACUGCGUUCAUCCACCUCUGGCCUGCUCGCCUCCCUACCACUGAGGAAGUACAGCUCCCGCUCAGCCCAGUCAAAACUGUUCGCUGCUCUGGCCCCCCAAUGGUGGAACAAACUGCCUCACGACGCCAGGACAGCGGAGUCAAUCACCACCUUCCGGAGACACCUGAAACCCCACCUCUUUAAGGAAUACCUAGGAUAG